AUGAAAUUAACGCAUAUUUUUUUUCUUCAUUUUUUUAAAAAUCUUUUCUCCCCUUUUUUGUUUUGUUUUGUUUUAUGCGGGAGUGCCGCCACGAUGUCAAUUGGCUUUUGUGCACAAAAGAGCCGGCAGCGACUUUUAUGGCGUCGUCUCACGCCUUCGUCAUCGAUGUGUCUUCUCCACGAUUCUGCGUUUUUCAGCCGGUGUCAGCUGCGCUUAUGUGCCAACGUUGCGGGGACGGCAGCGACGCCGGGCAAAGUGCGGGUUCACGCCACGUCAGCCGAGGGCAAAACGGUGUCCCUCACCGCUCCCACGGGCAUUACCCUCAUGGAGGCAAUACGCGACUUGGGAAGACUUGACAUUGAGGCCGCAUGUGAUGGAACUUGUGCCUGCAGCACCUGCCACGUGAUACUCCGCGAGGAGGACUUUGAGAAGCUGAGUGAGCCCUCAGAAGACGAGGUGGACAUGCUCGACUUGGCGCCAUCCGUCACAAAGACAUCACGAUUAUCGUGCCAAAUUCAGCUUACGGACGCGCUCGAUGGUAUUACCGUGAAGUUGCCGCCAGAGACAAGCAACCAGAUGAGCUGA